AUGGGUGAUUUUGUUUGGAUGGAAGAAUAUACUGAUGCCCCCCAACUGUUUGCUCCUCCUUCAACCUCCAAAAGAAAGGCUCGAAUGCCUAGGAAAUUUGAAUUUACUGGAUGGGGCUCCACUCUGCUCAUUGAAUUCCUUAAAUCUAUUGAUAUUGAUACCACUAAUCAGAUUUCUCAACAUGAUGUUACUGCCAUCAUUAACAAGUAUGUCAAGGACCGUAACCUCCUCCACCCCACUAAAAAGAAGAGGGUUAUUUGCGAUGAGUGGCUUCUUCCUCUUUUUCUAAGGAAAACCAUCAGUCGAAUCCGAAUCUAUGACCUGCUCGAACCCCAUUUUGCUGAAAACAAAGUUGGUUCUGAUGAUGAUUUUUUCGAUACUUCCGAUUAUGAGGUGGAUAAUGCCUGCGAAUGCCGGAAGAGUUCAGCUUCAGAGAAAAAAUUACAUUCUAAGAAAAGGGUUUUUGAAGCUCCCAAGAGCUGUUUUGCUGCUAUUGUUUCUGAUAACAUUAAGCUUGUUUAUUUGAAGAGGAGUUUAGUUCAGGAUCUUGCCAAGAACAACCCAGAAACGUUUCAAAGAAAAAUUGUUGGAAGCUUUGUAAGAAUCAAGUCUGAUCCGAAUGAUUAUCUCCAAAAAAACUCUCACAUGCUCGUGCAAGUCACUGGUUCAGUGGAGUCUUCCAGCACUGAUAAUAUUAACGCAGAAUUGCUUCUUGAAGUUUCAAAUUAUAUCAAAGACGUGCAGAUAUCUAUGCUUUCCGAUGACAAUUUUUCCAAGAAGUUGGAGAUUGAUGCAGCUGCUGUAUAUGGUGUGGAUGACAAAGAAGAAUGUGAAGAUUUGAAUCGGAGAGUAAGAGACGGUUCACUCAAGAGGCCAACUGUUGUAGAGCUUGAAGAGAAGGUUCAAGUUCUGCAUGAAGAUAUAACUAAGCAGGGGAUCAUGUAUGAUCCUCGUGAUUUGUUUAAGGUCUGUUCUUCAAACUUUUUGCCUCUAAAUGUGGAUUUCUUUCAGUGGCUCCGUGGAGAACUAGCUUUUCUUCAAAAGCUCAUUGAUCGGGCAAAUGAAAAGGCUUUUACGCUGUUUGAGUACUUGGAAAAAAAGAAGCUGCUUGAGACUCCAGAUGAACAGACACGGCUGUUGCUUGACAUUCCGAAAGUCAUUGCCGAAGAAUUAGAAGUUGAGCUUGUGCCAGAGGAUUUUCCAGUGGAUAUAAAACGAGGAAAUGAUGGUUCACCAAAAUCAUCUCUCAAUGGAGUUUUGGAAAUUCCUAAUUCUGAUGUAGCUUCAAAUAAAACUUCAUUGACCUGGAUUUCUUUCAGCAAGAAUUCUGCAGAUUGCCAGCAUGAUGUUUUUGUGGAAGAUCAGCCAAAGCAAUCAACAAACAUCUUCAAGGAGAGCAACAGUGAAAUGCUUUCUGUCAACAUAGAAGAGAAGAAGCACCCUCAACGCACAAUAGAUGUGCAGGUGAUAGAUUUGAGCGACAGUGAAGAAGAUGAAGGCCCAAGGCAUCGAGAUAGUGUUCAGACUAUUGAUUGUGAUCGGGGAAGUUGUUUGUGGCUUUAUUUAGAUCCCCAAGGAGAUAUACAAGGUCCCUUCUCGUUGACAUUAUUAAAACAUUGGAAUGAUUCUGACUACUUUCCUCCAGGGUUCAAGGUCUGGAAGACAGGACAAAGCCAAAACAAAGCAGUAUUACUGAGUGACAUUCUUCACCGGUUAUUUACAGAUGAAGUGUAG